CCGGGAGACCGAGCCGGGAGAGUGGGCGGUGCGGAGCCGAGUGGAGCCGGGCUGCUGCCGGACUAGCUGGGCGAGAGUUGGGGGGGGGAGUGGCUCCCCCGGCGGCGCGGCGGGCCGUCGGGUCCUGGGGCAGCGCGAGGUGACCGCGGCGCUGCGGGACGAGGCCCGCGAGCCCGGGACGCGCCUGGUCGCAGCUCAGCGUCUGCGGAGCGGGGCAAGGCGCGGGAGCUGCACUUGUCUCGGCUGCGCGUCCCACGGUGCCGGCCCGGCCGGUCGGACCCGGCUGCCCCAAGAGCGCCGAGAGCCCGGCCCGCGUCUCCGCCUUCGCGACGAGGACCCGGGCGGGCGUUGAGCACGCUCCCCGCGGCCCCGGAAUGACUUCUCCGGGUUCUCCGCUGGCGCCUCUGCUGCUCCUCUCUCUGCACGGUGUCGCAGCUUCCCUGGAAGUCUCCGAGAGUCCUGGGAGUAUCCAGGUGGCCCGGGGCCAGACGGCAGUCCUGCCCUGUACCUUCACUACCAGCGCUGCCCUUAUUAACCUCAAUGUCAUUUGGAUGGUCAUUCCUCUCUCCAAUGCGAACCAACCUGAGCAGGUCAUCCUGUAUCAGGGUGGACAGAUGUUUGAUGGUGCCCCCCGGUUCCAUGGUAGGGUAGGAUUUACAGGUACCAUGCCAGCCACCAAUGUCUCUAUCUUCAUUAAUAACACUCAGCUCUCAGAUACAGGCACCUACCAGUGUUUGGUCAACAACCUUCCAGAUAGAGGGGGCAGAAACAUUGGGGUCACCGGUCUCACAGUUUUAGUUCCCCCUUCUGCCCCACACUGCCAAAUCCAAGGAUCCCAGGAUAUCGGCAGCGAUGUCAUCCUGCUCUGUAGCUCAGAGGAAGGCAUCCCUCGGCCAACUUACCUUUGGGAGAAGUUAGACAAUACCCUCAAACUACCUCCAACUGCCACUCAGGACCAGGUCCAGGGGACAGUCACCAUUCGGAACAUCAGUGCCCUGUCUUCAGGCCUGUACCAGUGCGUGGCUUCAAAUGCCAUCGGAACCAGCACCUGUCUGUUAGAUCUCCAGGUUAUUUCACCCCAGCCCAGGAGCAUUGGACUAAUAGCUGGAGCCAUUGGCACUGGUGCAGUUAUUAUCAUUUUUUGCAUUGCACUAAUUUUAGGGGCAUUCUUUUACUGGAGAAGCAAAAAUAAAGAGGAGGAGGAAGAAGAAAUUCCUAAUGAAAUAAGAGAGGAUGAUCUUCCACCUAAAUGUUCUUCUUCUGCCAAAGCAUUUCACACCGAGAUAUCCUCCUCAGAGAACAACACAUUGACCUCUUCCAAUACGUACAACAGUCGAUACUGGAGCAACAAUCCAAAAGUUCCCAGGAACACGGAGUCAUUCAACCACUUCAGUGACUUGCGCCAGUCUUUCUCUCUCCACUCAGGCAAUGCCAACAUUCCUUCCAUCUACGCUAAUGGGACCCACCUGGGCCCAGCUCCGCAUAAGACUCUGGUAGUGACAGCCAACAGAGGGUCAUCCCCGCAGGUCAUGCCCAGGAGCAAUGGCUCAGUCAGCAGGAAGCCUCGGCCUCAACACACACACUCGUACACUGUCAGCCAAGCAACACUAGAGCGAAUUGGUGCUAUCCCUGUCAUGGUGCCAGCCCAGAGUCGGGCCGGCUCCCUGGUAUAGUACCUGAGCUGAUAGAGCAUUCAGAAAAGAAUCAGUGGAGUACCCCAUGCAGGGGGAGGGCGGGGUGAGCAAGUGCUGGGAAAGAAGUGCUUUCCUUAUAAGGAUACUAGUAAAAAAGCACAAAGGAAAAGGCAAUGCUGUUUGUACGUGGCCAGUGAAAUUUGUGAAAUGAACUGGAAUUCUUCAUCUUGAAGACUCGUUUCCCCACCACAGAUGUCCCAGCAUUCUAUUCAAAAAACUGGUUCUCAGAGAUGUGCCAAGCCAAGGAAAAAGAUACAAGAGCAGACUAGCACUUAAAACCCAAACUGCAGUCCAGAUGGGCUUAUUCUUUAAUUCAUGCCUAACUUAAUAAUUUUUCAAGAGACUCAAGUGCCAGGUGAAGUUUAAAUAAUGAAAUUAUUUAAAAAUAUAGGUAUCUUUCAAAAAAAUAAUGAGCAACCCUGGGAUCAUCACGGUUCCCUCUGUAUCUAGAGGGCUUAGUGGUAUGAAUGGUUCAUAUCGGUCCCAAGAGGGCUGGCUCUUGUAUCCUAGAAUCAAAACUUUUUUACGCAAACAAAAUUUGGUAAGAAAUGGGGGAAAACAAAAGAAACUUCUCUGAGAAGCCCCUUCCUAUUUAUUUAUUUAUGUCUUCCUAAACCAUGAAUUUCAUAUUUGGAAUAUUGCUAUAUGACAGAUUCUUGCCUGUCUGCUUUUUUCUAGGGUCUGUUCUGGGUCCGUGACAAUUACUGUUCAUUACUUCCUGGAAAAAUAUUUUUUUAAAAGAAAACUCUUGUGGGGUUUUUUGUUUUUUGUUUUUUAAAAAAUACAUGAGUGGCAUAGGGCUAGGAAAGAAAAGACUGUUACUAACAGCGCAUUCAGUGAUUGUGUUUGUGGAGCCCUGUGGGAGGCCCGUGCCCAGAUAGAAAGAGCUGGGGUGUGUGGGCCGCAGGGGAGCAGGAAGGCAGGUGUGAGGGACUGGAGCCUUCCUGGCAGCCUCCAGGCACAGCUGGGCUGGCUGGGGCUCCCUGCCUAUCACACCAGGUUACCCUUAAUGAGGGCAGCACCUGAUGCCUUUUGCACUGAGAGAGAUAACUUACUCUUUGUUUGACAAGUCGAGGUUAGUAGGUUGUUACAGGGAGGGCAGGAGUAGUUCUGUUGUUGUUUCCAAAAUAAUUCGUUUUGCAAAACAGAUAAGAAUAAGACAAAAGGGAUGCCUUCAGGUAUGCUCCUGGGAGGGUCUGCCCUAUGUUUGUCACAGCUCAGGGUUGCAGUUUUGCCCAAAUGCAUUUUACACCACUGUAAAGAGACUCCUUCUGUGAUUAAUUACCUGGCUUGGCUGGCCUUGGAGUUCACCAGAUAAUUUACAAACUCCCCACUCUCGUGCUGUGUGGAUCUGGGCAUACUUGUAUCGGGGACUAUCUCGCCUUAAUCACACUUUAAGCAGCACAGAAAUGAUUUCGCCCCAGAAUCGUUCUCUGAAUUAUUUAUGAGGCCGACCUCGUGGUUCAAUAAGAGCAUCAUUUUUUUUUCCCAAUGUUGUCUCUCACUCCCUCUUCGCACCAUGCCUUUUGCCCUCUUUUCCUGCAAGCAUAGUCGUCACAGGGAGUGGCUUCCUGAUUCUCAGACCCUUUGAAUAUGUGGAAACCAGCAGCUGCUGCUUUUACCGUGUUCGGGGAGGGCUAAGCUCAGAACCUAACCAUUGCAGCCAUUUCGAUAUUGAUGAAAUGCUGAAUUUACGUUAGCAUUACUUAUUUUUUCCAUGUGAUUGUUCUUGACUUUGUAAAAAUUUAAAUAAAUGAAUGUCUAUACUUUUUAUAAAGAGUGAAAAUACCAUGACAGAAAAGAUACUAUCAGAUGUUGUUUAGAAAGCAUUUAUCUUGCAUUUCUUUAUUCUUUCUAAUUAUCUAAAAUUCAAUAAAAGUUUAUUCAUAUAAAAA